AUGACAACAUUGAAAUAUAUUCGUCCGCUUUUUCGUUUUCUCAAUUGUUCCUCAACAUUGACAAGCCAACGCUUCAUUCAUAUUGAAAGACGUAAAGAUCAUGUGCGUUUGAUUGAUAAACAUGAUACCAUGGAUUUUCAUUAUAUUUGGUUACGACACAAUUGUCCAGCCAUAGGUAAAUCUAUUCAUCCGAAAACUGGCGAAAGAGUUGUGGAUUGCGCUGAAAUUCCAUCGAACAUUGAACCUGAACAAGUUGAAUUUGUUGAUAGUGAAAAUAAAUUGAAAAUUACUUGGUCAAAAGAUCACACAAGUUCAUUUGAUUUGUCAUAUUUAUUGGCAAAUGCAUAUGGAAAAAAUCGAAUCGAAGCUAAGAAACCACAAGGCAAAGUUGACGACAUUGAAAUCGUUUAUAAUAAAGAUCAAUACGACGCUUAUAUUAGAAGUUGUUCUGAAAGAUUAAAAAAAUUUGGGUUAGUGAUUGUUAGAAAACGUAGUUUAGAUACAGAGGAAAUCAUCAAAGACUUUUUACCAUGUGGCGCAUCUGUUGUCGAAACACAUUUUGGUCGUAUUGAAGAUUUACGUACAGAUAAUAUAACAAAUGAACAUACAGAUCAAUUAGGUUAUACAGAUGCAGCUAUUAAUCUACAUACAGAUCAGCCAUUUAUUGCUGAUCCGCCAGGUAUGCAAUUACUACAAUGUAUUCGUCGAGCAGACACGGGCGGAGCGAAUACGUUAGUAAAUGCUGCUCAUGCUGCAGUUUAUCUUCGUGAAAUCGAUCCAAACGCAUAUUAUUUAUUAACUACAGUACCGAUUCAUUUUCAUCGAAAACAAAAACAAUUCACUAGUCUUCAUGUUGGCCCAAUAAUUCAAACGGAGGGCGAUGAAAUAAAACAAAUUCGCCAUAGCUAUUUUACUCUAGCACCAUUUAAUUUUCCAUUUUGGUUAACAACAGCUUAUUAUGAUGCUUAUCGUAAAUAUGCAUCAAUUCUAUACGAUCCUCAAUGUCAGUAUAGAGUUACUUUGAACAGUGGAGAUUUCGUUAUGUAUGAUAAUUUUAAAAUGUUACAUGCCAGAGAUUCAUUUACUGGGCCAAGACAUCUACGCGGAAUUUAUUUUCGACAAACAGAUGUUUGGAAAAAACUUGCAAAAUUUGAUAAAGAAAAAUGA